UGCGGAUCAUAAACUUUCGUAUCAUACUAAUAUUUUGCGCGCUCCUUACAUUCUUGUGGAUUUAUCUGACAAAUCUGCCUCGAGAACCACAUCCAAUGAAGACAGAAAAGUCGGUUGUGAAUCAUACUAAACGGCUGGCCAACUACAGCCAUAGUCAACGGUCGAUGGUCAAGGACACAUAUCAGACGAUAACGGGUGAAAAACAACGCACGGAUCCGUUGUGGCAGCGUAUCUUGCAGGGAUCACCUCUUUUGCUCGGUUCAAGCUAUAGUAACGGCCGGACUGGUGUUCAAUUUGUGCUAGGCGUACCCACUGUACGCCGAGUGGGUGAGAAUUAUUUGUUGGAGACAGUGGCUCAUCUGAUAGAGAAAUUGAGCGACUACCAGCGCAACAGUUGCCUCAUUGUGAUCUACAUAGGCGAGACGGACAGUCAAAUUGUGGAGUCUAUAUGGAAAGAGAUAGGUGACUCAUUUGGCUACCAUUUGGAUGAUGGCCUGAUUGAUGUCAUAUCACCACCAGUUAAUUAUUAUCCAGACUUUGAAUCGCUCUUUAUAACGCUGCACGAUGAUCCAAAUCGCGUGCGUUGGCGCACAAAGCAGGUCCUGGACUAUAUGUACCUGAUGACAUAUGCAAGCAGCCGUGGUAGCUACUAUCUACAACUGGAGGAUGAUAUCGAACCGACUGUUGGAUAUUUGGAUUAUAUUAUCCAGCUAAAGGCAUUGCAUACGCACUUUCGUCUAGACCAUCAUCGUGGCUGGAUUGUUUUAAGUUUCUCGGAGCUGGGUUUUAUUGGCAAGCUUUUCCACGUGUAUGAGAUCAAACCGUUUUUAGCCCAUGUGCAGAAUUUUUACAAUGAUCAACCCAUUGACUGGUUGCUGUAUUCCUAUGUGAAGUUACGAAGCUGCCCCUGGGACAGCUUUAAUACUGCGGACUGCGAGCGCGACUUUUUCAUGAACUAUAUACGCGCCACCCAGUCUCAAUUUCAGCACAUUGGCGUGGAGUCCUCUCUGCGUUCCAAGGAGCAAAAGCUUCGCGACGAGAGAUACGAACGGAAUUCGGGGCAGCAAAUUAUGGAACAUCUGCGUCGGCCGCUAAACUUGGUAACCUCUCACACGCAUACGUUUCUGCAGGAUAGAAGACAUUUUGGACCUGGCGAGACCUUUAUGUGGAGCUACGUGCCGCAGGUCUCCUUGUUAAUGCGUUACCUGCUAAGUCACCUAAAUGAUUUCAGUCAGAUUAAAAUUGGAAAUGGUUGUCAUCGGGAAAAUGAUAGCUUUAGUGAACUGACUGUUAAUUUAUAUAAAAAGGCGCCCAUUGUGGAUGGAUCACAUAAGCGACGUUUUGGUUUCCUUCUAAGUUACACCCAUCAGAUUGAAGCAGGGAAUCCACAUAUAUUGUACUUUUAUAUGACGGAAAACGCAAUGGACAGUAAUGAAAGCAAUUGGAUUGGACGCUUUAAUUGGACCAAUAAAGGAACUUCUUUAAAUAUAGAUAUGUGUGUGAAAAUUUGGUUUUUACUGUGGUCUCUGAUAUGACUUUUAUAAAAAUUUUUAUAACUCGACGGCAACUAUUCUCGAUUAUAGUGAAGUGAAGGCGCUAUAAUUCCAAUCAUGAACCGGAUAUACCGGCGCGACCCUUAGCCAACUUUUCUAUUAGAAUUUCCAGGGUUUAAACGUCAACCUAAAGACGUGAUUAGUAUUAAAAGAUCGUUUACGAUACUUAUGUGUAAUUGUAAAAAAUCAAAUACUGCAAAAAGUGUGUUCUCUUUUGCAGCCAGUUUGUAAAAAUUGCCUUGUCCCUAGACUUUCGUUUGCUCUGUUUCGUCAGGGUAAAAUGCCAAAAGGGGUUUAAUUUUUUAUUCUUCAUCUGCUUGACAUUUCGAAACAGCAAACAAAAAUGGAAAAUAACUUGAGAUAUUGCACACAAUCAAUAUUAAAGAUAACAAAGCAAAUGUUAAACUUUUGGGGGUAGAAAACAAAUACAACAUUAUUACGACAAAAGUAAACUGAGGCUGCGAUUGCCAGUGCGGUGGCUGUUCAAGUGCAGGCGGCUAAAAAACAAAAAAGGAAGAAAUAUACAGAAUUUCCAUCAACUAAAUCAGCAAAGCAUAGAAAAUCGAUGAAGCAUGACAACAGCGCGAAGAAAUCAGAAAAGAAAAAUUCAGCCAUAGCCAAAGAAAAAGCAAAGCAAAAGCAGAAGCAGAGCAAAGGCGAGCCUUGAAUAAGAAAUCAUUUUCACUAAUGAUGCUGGCUAAGUGAAGAAGAAGAAGCUGAACAGAACGUCAUUCAGAUUGUGCCAAAGAUAAAGCUACCAGUUGUUGUUGGUUAACCAUGAGACCAAAAUAGUAUCCUUAUCAUAAUGAUGAUGACGACGGCGAUGAUGAUUACAAUGAUGAUGCUUUGGCGUUUGGCUUUAAACUUUACCUACAUGUGCCGGGCGGACUUUGGCAAUUUCCUGCCGUUGACAAAGAUGUAGCUACCCAAUUUAUAGAGUAUUUU